AUGGCGGACUUAGCCAAGGUGCGGGUUGUGCGGUGUCCCAAAUGUCGAAAUAUCCUCCAAGAGCCUGUUGAUUACUCUGUCUAUCGAUGUGGUGGCUGUGGUACUACACUUAAAGCAAAGCACAAAGAUCAUGGAAGUGUUGGCUUGUCAGAGAAGGGAGAGGUUGAAAGUGAUCAUGCUAAAUCAGGAAAUUACUUGAGGAGAAUAUUAAUAAGAAGAAUGCUGCAGGAACAUGAAUCUCAAAUGAGGCAUGAAAAAGGGUCAAGUGAAAAUAGAGAAGAGAUGGAAGAAGAAGGACAUGAAAUCACACCACGAUCCUCCUCUGGAUUUUCAAGUUCUAAGGACACUAGUGACACUUCUUUAAGCGAAAUCGAAGAAAUUGGUCUUGGUGAAUGGAUGGAAACUGAAUUUACAGAAAUUCCGCAAGAUUAUUCAUUUUCAGAUUCAGCUAGGAUCCUGAAACUGAGGGAAGGUUCCUCUGGCAUGCUCAGUGAUCACAUUUCCGAAGCUGAUAUUUUCAGCAUUGAGCAGCAAAAAGACAAUCAAUCGUCAAUGGCUAAAGCUGAUAUUCCAAUCGCGACAACUGUGACUGUCCUGCCUCUUACUGAUACACCUAAAGCAAUAUCUCCUCUCAAGGUGGAAACUCUAUCGGAAGAAGAUUCAGACAAUCAACGAUCAUCCUUUGAAGUGUUAAAGGUUUCAACUAUAUCACAAUUGUUGCAAUUACCGACCAAACUGCACAGCCUAAAAAUAGAUGGGUGUGGAUCCUUAGAGGCCCUUCCAGAUGACUUACUUGCAGGAAGAACUACACUCAAAGAGUUGUAUCUGAUCAGUUGUGCUUCUCUUAGUUCUUUCCCGUACCCUGGUUCAUUGACAACCCUUUACAUACAUAAAUGUAGGAGACUGGAAUUUCUCCCAUCUUUAGAAUCAAGCAAGAAGCUUGCCUUUCUCCAGAAUUUGUGCAUAGGUAGCAGCUGUGAUUCCCUCACUACCUUGACCUUAGACUUGUUUCCCAAACUGAAAAUUCUCUGUAUAUGGGAUUGUCCCAAUCUUCACUCAGUUAACUUUACCGGAGAGUUUAAGGGUGAUCUUGCAUCACUUGAGUCUUUAGAGAUUAGAGAUUGUCCAAGAUUGAGUUCUUUACCAGAUGGAGGACUGCAUACUCCAAAUCUAGAAUCCAUUUUGAUUUUCAAUUGCAAGAAUCUUAAUGCAUUGCCCAAUGCUAUGAACUUUCUUGCAUCCCUCAGGACAUUGUUUUUACACAGGUGUCCACAGAUUGAAUCUCUCCCACAUGGGGGUCUGCCUUCAAGUUUAACUUUACUCUCCAUAGCUUAUUGUGACAAACUCAUACCUCAAAAGGAUUGGAGGUUGGAUAGUCUUGAGUCUCUUAACCGUUUUGAACUUGAGGGUGGAUGCAUGGGCAUGGAUUCCUUCCCAGAGGACAACUUGCUUCCUUGCAAUAUCAACUCUUUGCGCAUAAGCACAAUGCAUAGUCUCAAGAAGCUGAACUACAAGGGGUUUCAACACCUGAAUGCUCUUCAAACACUUGAAAUUCAUGGUUGCGACAUGCUUCAAUCCUUGCCGGAUCAAGGGCUUCCUUCCUCCUUAAGUAAUCUUUGUGUCCAAGAAUGCCCGUUGUUGACUCCAAGGCUUAAACCAAAGAGAGGAAAGGAAUGGCACAAAGUGGCUCAUAUCCCACAUAUACAAAUUGAUCAUCAGCUACUCUCUGCAUAG